CAAUUUGCACAAGGUAUAAGUUUAUCUAUUCAUGGGGCUGAAAAGCGUGUGCAACUCUGUCAGAGGAGAACUGCAGCAAGUUACCGAGUGUCACAGCAUCCGCCUGUGGUCAGGCAUCCUUCACUCCCACAAGACAGAAGGUCAAUAAACAUGGAAGCCUCAUCUUCUGGAUCUAGUAUUUCAGCAGUCACUGGAGGAAAAGCAAAGUCCCAUCAGCCAGAAGGAAGAGAGGAUUUUCAGGUUAACCGACUGGAAACGCAAAGGUGGAUAAAACCAGACAUACAGAAGACAGAUGUGGACUUUUCAGAAAUUCUUAAUGCAAUACAAGAAAUAGCUAAGGAUGUCAACAUUUUUUUUGAUGAGUUAGAAGGUGUGAACAGCCCUUCCAAAGAUGAUGACUCCCUGCUUCACCAUGGUAAUUUGACCAGUACUUCUGAUGAUGCCAGCAGGCUGGAAGUUGUGGGCGAGGAAGUACCUGAUAAGAACAAAACCAGUGGACUAUAUUUUAGAGAUGGGAAAUGUCGGAUUGACUACAUCCUGGUAUAUAGAAAAUCUAAUCUACAGGCAGAAAAGAGGGAAGUAUUUGAGAGAAAUAUCAGAGCAGAAGGUCUUCAAAUGGAAAAAGAGUCAUCUCUAACAAACAGUGACAUCAUCUUUGUGAAGUUGCAUGCUCCUUGGGAGGUCCUGGGCAAAUAUGCUGAACUAAUGAAUGUAAGAAUGCCUUUCAGGCCCUUUAACCCCUUCAAUGCUGGAGCCCCCUGCAUACUUGUGCGCUGCUGUUUUUUAAAUGGACAUUUCAUUGAAAUCAAUGGGAGGUCAAGAAGAUCCAGGAGAAAAAUCUAUUACCUGCACCGCCGAUACAAGUUCAUGAAUAGGAUCGAGAAACAAAUAAGCAGGUUUCGAGGAUGGUUACCUAGAAAGCCAAUGAAACUGGACAAGGAGACACUGCCAGAUCUGGAGGAGAAUGACUGCUAUACUGCUCCAUUUAGCCAACAAAGGAUCCAUCACUUCAUCAUACACAACAAAGAUACUUUCUUCAAUAAUGCUACAAGAAGUAGAAUUGUACACCAUAUCUUACAAAGAGUAAAAUAUGAAGAAGGGAAAAACAAAAUUGGUCUGAAUCGAUUGCUCAGUAAUGGCUCCUAUGAAGCUGCAUUUCCUCUUCAUGAGGGAAGUUACAGAAGUAAGAAUUCCAUAAAAACCCACGGGGCAGAAAACCACAGACACCUGCUCUAUGAGUGCUGGGCUUCCUGGGGAGUGUGGUAUAAAUACCAACCACUGGACCUCGUGAGACGGUACUUUGGUGAGAAAAUUGGGCUGUACUUUGCCUGGUUAGGCUGGUACACAGGGAUGCUCUUCCCAGCUGCCUUCAUUGGAUUGUUUGUCUUUUUGUAUGGAGUCACCACGUUGAACCACUGCCAAGUCAGUAAAGAAGUCUGCCAAGCUACAGAUAUCAUAAUGUGUCCUAUAUGUGAUAAAUACUGUCCCUUCAUGAGGUUAUCAGACAGCUGCGUUUAUGCCAAGGUAACCCAUCUUUUUGACAAUGGAGCUACUGUCUUUUUUGCUGUUUUCAUGGCUGUGUGGGCAACUGUUUUUCUGGAGUUCUGGAAAAGAAGGCGAGCAGUAAUUGCUUAUGACUGGGACUUGAUAGACUGGGAAGAAGAAGAGGAGGAAAUCCGUCCGCAGUUUGAAGCCAAGUACUCCAAGAAAGAACGAAUGAACCCCAUAUCUGGGAAGCCAGAGCCUUAUCAAGCAUUUGCAGAUAAAUGCAGCAGACUCAUUGUUUCAGCAUCUGGGAUAUUUUUUAUGAUCUGUGUGGUGAUUGCUGCUGUUUUUGAUGUUAUUUACCGUGUUGUGACUGUCAGCACUUUUGCUGCCUUUAAGUGGGCUUUAAUCAGGAAUAACUCUCAGGUUGCAACUACAGGGACUGCGGUGUGCAUCAACUUUUGCAUCAUCAUGCUACUGAAUGUGCUGUAUGAAAAGGUUGCUCUUUUCCUGACAAAUUUAGAGCAGCCUCGUACUGAGUCCGAGUGGGAGAACAGCUUCACUCUGAAAAUGUUUCUUUUUCAGUUUGUCAAUCUGAACAGCUCUACCUUUUAUAUAGCAUUCUUCCUUGGAAGAUUUACAGGACACCCUGGUGCCUACUUACGGCUGAUAAAUCGGUGGAGACUGGAAGAGUGCCACCCUAGUGGAUGCCUUAUUGAUCUCUGUAUGCAAAUGGGUAUCAUAAUGGUGCUAAAGCAGACUUGGAACAACUUUAUGGAACUGGGCUACCCGCUAAUUCAAAACUGGUGGACCAGGAGAAAACUACGACAAGAGUAUGGCACACAGAGAAAAGCAAGCUUCCCACAGUGGGAAAAGGACUACAACUUGCAGCCUAUGAAUGCUUAUGGACUCUUCGAUGAAUACCUAGAAAUGAUUCUUCAGUUUGGGUUCACAACCAUUUUUGUGGCAGCUUUUCCACUGGCACCACUUCUGGCCUUACUUAACAAUAUUAUUGAAAUUCGGCUCGAUGCAUACAAAUUUGUUACCCAGUGGAGAAGACCUUUAGCUUCAAGAGCCAAAGAUAUAGGAAUCUGGUAUGGGAUCCUGGAAGGCAUUGGAAUUCUUUCUGUAAUCACAAAUGCAUUUGUUAUAGCUGUGACAUCAGAUUUCAUCCCUCGCCUUGUUUAUGCUUACAAAUAUGGACCAUGUGCUGGCCAAGGAGAAGCUGGACAAAAGUGUAUGGUGGGUUAUGUUAAUGCCAGUUUAUCAGUAUUCCUGGUGUCUGACUUUGAAAACCGGUCAGAGCCGACAUCAAAUGGAAGUGAAUUCUCUGGUUCACCAUUAAAAUAUUGCAGGUACAGGGACUACCGGGACCCCCCUGACUCCCCGGAGCCCUACGGUUACACCCUGCAGUUCUGGCACGUCCUGGCUGCACGGCUGGCGUUCAUCAUCGUGUUUGAGCACCUCGUCUUUUGCAUAAAACACUUGAUUUCCUACUUAAUCCCAGAUCUCCCAAAAGAUCUGAGAGAUCGGAUGAGGAGAGAAAAGUACCUGAUUCAGGAAAUGAUGUAUGAAGCUGAGCUGGAACGUCUGCAGAAGGAGCGGAAGGAGAGGAAGAAGAAUGGAAAAUCUUAUCACAACGAGUGGCCAUGA